AUGUCAGAAAAUAUAAAUCCUGUUUUUCAACACAAAAAAAGGCUCUUUUUUCUUAGAUUUUUACAAAAAAAAUCAUGGCGUUAUAGAAAAUAUAUUUGGAUAUUUUUAAGCAUUUUUUUGUUUAUUAUUUUUAUAAUUAUUAAGAAUGAAACUAUUAAUCCAGCGUUAACUUGGAAACAAAAACCGUUUGAAGAAGAAGACAUUUGGAAAAUAAAACAAGAACUUGUCAAGCAAGUUUUUCUUCAUAGCUGGAAUGGAUAUAAACAGUACGGGUGGGGAAAGGAUCAAUAUAGUCCAAUCUCAAAGAGAGGAUACAAUUCUAUUUUACCUAAUGGAGCAGGAUGGAUUAUUGUAGAUAGCUUAGAUACUUUAUAUAUUAUGGGAUUGGAUCAAGAACUACAAGAUGCUAGGAAUUGGGUUGAAUCUUCAUUAAAUUUUAACCAAGACAAAUAUAUCAGCACAUUUGAGGUAACUAUUCGUAUGUUAGGCGGGCUUCUUUCUGCAUAUUUCUUAACAAAAGAUAAUCUUUAUCUCAAUAAGGCAACUGACUUAUCUAAUCGAAUAUUAAAUGCUUUUAAUUCACCUAGUGGAAUCCCCUAUCCUAGUGUUAAUUUACGUACUGGAAAUGUAAAUGACUUUGGAGGGUAUGUUUAUGCUUCAACUGCAGAAGUUGCUACUUUGCAAUUAGAAUUUAAAUAUAUAUCAUAUUUACUAAAAAGCAAACAACAUUGGGAAAAAGCUGAAAAAGUAAUGAAGGUUAUAAAAGAUAAUAAUCUUAAAGAUGGUCUUGCACCUAUUUUUCUAGAUACUUCAAAUGGGAAAUUCCAAAAUAGUCAUAUAAGCUUGGGAUCUAGAGGAGACUCAUAUUAUGAAUAUUUAAUUAAACAAUAUUUGUUGACACAAAAACAAGAAAAAGUAUACUUGGAAAUGUUUGAAGAAGCAGUUGAAGGAAUUAAAAAACAUAUGGUAAAUUAUUCUAAACCAUCAGGACUUACAUUCGUAGCAGAACUGCCGAAUGGAAUUGGCAAUUAUAUUUCUCCUAAAAUGGACCACCUAGCAUGCUUUUUAGGAGCAACACUUGCUUUAGGAGUAACAAAAGGACUAGAUCUUAAAACAAAAAAGCAGCAAAAUUGGACAGAGCAGCAUGAAAGUACUUUUAAACUCUCGGAAGAAUUAACUAGAACAUGUUUCGAAAUGUACAAUGUGACUGCAUCUAAACUUUCGCCAGAAAUUGUAUAUUUUAAUCUUGAAGAUAAAAAUAAAGAAGAUAUUAUCAUUCAUAAUUUAGAUAAAUAUAAUGUUCAGCGUCCUGAAACUAUUGAAAGUCUUUUUGUUUUAUGGAGAAUUACUAAAAAUAUAACUUAUCGAGAAUGGGGAUGGAAAAUUUUUGAAGCAUUUAAAGAAUACACUAAAGUAGAUGGAGGAUAUACAUCUGUACAAGACGUUUUAGUAAACCCUCCAAUUCUAGGAGAUAAUAUGGAAAGUUUUUGGCUAGCAGAAACCCUAAAAUACUUUUAUUUAUUGUUUAGUCCAGAUGAUGUCCUUCCUUUAGACAAAAUCGUCUUUAAUACUGAAGCACAUCCUUUUCCUACAUUUGAUCUACAAUCAUUAGGCUUUAAUACUAGCUGGAAAUAAUAUACUAGAUAAUUUUUAAAUCUAACCAAAUGUUUUUCUAACUAUUGUAUUUUAAUAUUAAUACUUAAAAGGCUACAAACAAUUU